AUGGCGCGGCGACGACAGGUACCCGUCAGACCGACGGGCGACUCCAGGACACUGGCGGAGGUCAAGGGAGACGCGAUCCGGCAGUGGGUGGAGCAGGCCGCCGCGCUGGCCCUGGCCCGCUCCCCCAAGUCCAUCAACAACAACAACAAUCACAUCGCCAACAACAAUGAACUUUUGAAAGCCGGCGCGCUGGGUUCGCUGGCCGGGCCGCUGCCCAAGCGGCAGUGGUCGCCGACGCUGCCGGCGCCGGGCGUCGUCCCGCACCUGCCGUCCGGGCCCUGGUCCCGGGCGUCCGUGUCGCCCCCCGCCACCGUGGUGCCGGCGCCCGAGACGCCCCUGCCGCCCCGCGACGCCAUGAUGGUGGCCGCGCCGAGGUGCCUGGACGAGCAACCCCUGGACUUUUCCGUGCCCGAGCACGUCAAGAAGAAUGGCCUCAAGCACGUCAUCACCAACAACAACAACCACAGCCCCACGACCAGCCCGUCGUACCUGCGGCCGGGCUCGUCGUCGGCCAGCACCUCGGAGGACGAGGGUGUCGGCAACAACACCGAGUCCUCGGCCGUCGAGUCGUCGCCCAUGGCACCGCGAGCCGACGAAGUCGACCCGGAGAGCCCGCUGUACAAACCCAACGAUAAGCUGUGGCUGGCCGGCGACGCGCUGAGAUGGCACAUCCCCGAGGACCACCACCACCACCAUCACCACCACCGGGACCACGGCGAGCAGCAGGAGCUGCAGGCCGCCGCCGCGCUGCGAGCCAGGAUAGCCCUCAGCCAUG